CUUGUGCAAGAUAAUAGAGCUAGUAAUCACUAAGUGAGCUGCAAAGCAAUGCGCAGAAGCGUUAGAGGGUCACAGCAAAGAAUAGCAGCCAUCAACAGUUUAACUAAUAGAGGCAGAACGUGCAAAGUACGAUGCGCUGCUAGAGGAAUUGCGUCCUUCAAGCCCCUUCUUCCCCAGCCCAUCAUCCGACUGUCAGUCGGUUGCUCUUAGCGAGGCCCAUGGUGGAAAUGAGGUGGCUGUUUGCGAUAGCGGAUCAGGCACGCAUGAGCCACAUAGGGAGCAUUCCACAACCCGAAGUAGCAGAGAUGAUGGGGUGACUG